AUGACAAUAUCGGAUAGCGCCGGAUGCGACCUUCGUCUGUUUUAUUUACCUCGCUUGUUUCAUACAGAAGAAGCACAGAAGACCACUCUUCGUGCAGCGAUCAAACAUAAACUUGAAAAAAAGCCCCAGAAAGGAUGCGGAUCUCUCCACUGGAUUGCGAAAACGGCCCGGCUUGUUGCUGAGGCAGUAGUGCGCUUCGACUUAAGAGAUGACAAUAAGCCUUUGCAAGACAUCAUCAUCUUCCAUGAACCUAACGCAAGUGAUUUACACUCAAGUGCUGCGCCAUCGCUGGAGAUCAUGUUCAACGAAGCCAGCUUGUCUCCGACAAAUGAAGCGCCCCCUCACAUGCAAGACCGACAUCGAGUUCACAAAUGGUCUCGGAAGCAUACCCUUCUAGAAUUGGGAAUCGUGCUGUUACAGCUUGGUACUCAUCGAGAUGAUGUUGAAGAUCUUCCGGCACCUCCAAUUGGCCCCGAAGCCAAGCAAUCAUACAUCAGGUCGCAUGCAGAGAAAGCUGUGAAUGGGGUCAGUGAAGGGUUUGCAGGCGCUGUUAGGAACUGUGCCAUCCUUUUCGAUCAUGAUGACGCUGCGAAGGAAGAUGAGUUCUUGGGAAGGUUUUUGAAGAUGGUUCUACAGCCUCUAAGAGAUUGUGAGAAGACUCUCUGUACCCAAGGUGUCCUUCUAUAA